CAGACGUUUCCGUGCCGUGUCGGCUCGGGCAAGGGAUAGAGCGUAUUUUACGCGUUUUAGGAUUCUGUCGCGGCUGCGAGUUGCGGCAUCGCUCAGAUUGAAUGCGAAAAAAAAAAAGAAAAAAAGAAUGGACCUUUAACGGGAGGGUGGGAAAAAAAAAAAAAGAAGUGAGGCAGCAGUGGAUGUCAAAAAGCAUGCAGAGGCAAGCUCAAGGCCUUCCGCAGUCGGGAACGAGACGGACAAGAGACGGCGUCUGUGCCCCCCCCUCCUCCCCUCACAAUGAUUUGUAUAUGAAAACAUAGCGCGUUUUUGGUUUUUUUUUAUUUAUUUUUUUUAAUCCUUCUCCCCCCUCCUGGCUCCGCUUGUUGAGCGAUCAGCUGAUGAAGAGACUCGCAGCUCGCCGCUAUGCUGGCUUGCUAAUUCUCUCCCCCACUGCUGCUGCGGUCGAUCCGGCUAGCCCGCCGCCUGCAGAUUGCACUCAGCCUCAAGCGGGAGGGAAGAGCUCCCCGCAGGAGAUGGAGGAGGACGGCGGUCAGAAAAAGCGUAAAGGCGAGGGCGAAGACAAGACGCUCCAGGCGGCGCAGGAAACCGGAGAAAAGGUCAAGAGGAAGCGAGGGCGGCCGCCCGCCGAGAAGCUGCCGCCGAAUCCGCCCGAGCUCACCCGUCAACUGAGCACCCUGGUGGACAUGGUGGUCAACUACAAGGACGGUCUGGGUCGACAGAUCAGUAAAGGCUUCGUCCAGCUUCCCUCCAGGAAGGAAGCGCCCGAGUACUACGAGCUGAUCCGGAAGCCCGUGGACUUCAGAAGGAUCAGGGAACGUGUGCGUAACCACAAGUACCGAAGCGUGGGCGACCUGGAGAAGGACGUCUUUCUGCUGUGUCACAACGCUCAAACAUACAACCUGGAAGGAUCUCAGAUAUACGAGGACUCCAUCGUCAUCAAGUCUGUUUUCGAGAGUGCCAGGCUGCGAAUCGUCACAGACGAGGAGCCCGGACAAACGGCGGCCUCGACCGUGGUCGGCGUGAGCGCGGCCGACGGCUGCCAAACCGUGACUCCGGCAGAGCUUCAAACGGCGUCGCUCGCCAAGGCGGGUAACGAGGAGACGAGUUGCAACCUCACGACCAAGAAGCCGCUCUUGUACCGAGACCAGGAUGUGGAGGAAAUCACCUCAAAGGACGAAGGGACGUGUUUGGAAAGACUGAUUGGCUCUAAUAAGUCACGUUGCUGUUCUUUUAAUUGUUGUUUGUCUCAUUUCUCCUACACAUAGGAUGUAAAAAAAACUGCUUUACUGACUCUUUUUAAUCAUUGUAUUGGAACGAAAGGCCUUCAUAUUUUCAAUAAGUGGGACAAAAGUAGAGACACUUUCCAACUCCUUGACUGGGACCACUCGUGCUCCUUUCUGUGGGAAUUUGUGUCACUGAUGUUGGAUCCCAAAGUUGUUGUUUGGGAUUCUUGCACACCAAACUCAUCCAAGCAUGCCUUCCCAGCACGCACAAGAUAUGAAAACUAUGUUUAGAACUUGCUGAGUUAGGUCCUGGCGUUGAGCAACUCAAAGAUAACGCUGGAACAACUUGCUUUUUGACAACGUUUAAUCAAUGUUGGGUUCUGAAAUUUCCUAACCAAUAUUCUACAACACAAAUGACGUUUAGUCAAUGUCAAUGACGUUGAUUUGACCGAUGAUACCCCAGAUCAAAUAUUUUCCUAAUAACAAGAUACAAACUCCGUCUCCAUAUGAGUUGGGAAAUUGUGUUAGAUGU